AUGUUUCGUCUGUGGUACAAUUUUGCCGAGGAUUGCUCUCCUCGGCAGUUCACAGACCCCGGCGAUCGCUUCGCCGCAGGCUCCGGUCUUGCCAAGGUCUUCGGCGACACAAUCCGGUGCGAUGAAUACUUUGCCGGACUGUGGAAACCAGAUAUGAUACGGGGUCUGAUGUUGUACACCGAAGGGCCAACGCUUAUCCCUCGAAAGCCUCUAGACAGCGACAACUUUCCAACUUGGAGCUGGGCCAGCGCGGGAUACGGACUCGUCAAGAACGCCCAGGAGGAUGACAAACUGCGCUUAUCGCGAGUCGAGAAUGUACAGGUGGACCUCAUCGACAAACGCCAGCCAUUUGGCCAAUAA